GUCUUAAGAAUGAAGCACUGGACCCUCGCUGUAUUUUUGGUGGCUUCUGCUCUGAUGGGACUAAGCCAAGCUUAUUCCUCUUGCAGUGCGGACGGAGGAGCUCAUUGCGUACUUCCGAAAAAUUGCAAGAUGACGUUCAUUUAUCGCAUUUCUCCGAAUAUGGGGUGCCCAGAUUCUCUUGUUUGCUGCGAUGUUAAAAGCCUCAAUCUGCCUUGUGGACCAGAUGGAACACACCAAUGCGUCCCUCAAGACUUGUCCCUAACACCUUUCCAAUACAAGUCUUACUCAGAAUGCCCGACAAACUUUAUUUGCAGCCCGCCUAAAGAGAAAAUUCCCCUGGUCUUUUAUGAACCAUUGCGUUAAAUGUUUAAAAUAAAACUUUAAAAAAUCGUAAUUGUAUAUCCGUUUGCUAUUAAAAUUUGUUACAAAGCGGAAAAACCUUAGCAUUAAAUUAGUCAGAUCUUAAAACAAAUUAAAUCAA